AUGGAGCCCGCUGCCCAGCCCCCUCCAACUCUGACCAACCCUCGGUUCACUCUCGAGUUAGAAUUCGUCUCCUCGCUCGCCAAUCCGUAUUACCUGUCGCACUUGGCAGUCACCUACCCGAACCUCCUGGGGAUCUCUCAAGCCGACGAAGACGACGAUUCUGCCUCCACCCCCGAUGCGCAGGCAUUCGCCGCAUAUCUUGCCUACCUCUACUCCUACUGGAAGACCCCCGAAUACUCUCAGUUCCUCACCCACCCCGGCCCGACCCUGCGCGCCUUGCGCUUGCUGCAGGAAGACAGCUUCCGCCGUGACAUUAUCUUGCCCCAAGUGAUUGAAGGAUUGGCGGGGGUCAACGUCUUUGGCAAUGCAGCAGCAGCUGAAGCCGAAGAUGCAGGAGCCACAGAGAACCAGGAGGAACAGAAUGGCUCGAAGACUUGA